AAGACAACAGUACUGAAGAGUUUCAAGAAACACAAUCAGACAAAUUAAAAGGGAGGAGCUGGGUUGAUUUCUUUGGACGCCUCCAUAAAAAUAACAAUACAGUCGUAAUCGUCACGAUCAAUUUGUGGCUCACACCCUUUUUCCACCGUCUGGGGAGUUGUGAGGACUUUUCAAUAUCCGAGGCCCUUUCGUCUGCCAAGGAGGUUUAAAGUCAGUCAGCCUCCUUGCGUCUACAGGUGUUCAAAUACAACUUCACACCUGAUUUUUCAACGACUUCUCAAGUCUUUAGGAGCCCCUAGGAUGUCCAGUCUUCGGCCAGACAUCUACACUCUAACGACCAUCAGGAAACUGUCGGCCUCGUCCGUGCGGACCCACGCCUCCAGUACCCAGUCCUCGGGCCGCGGCGGCCUGGCGGGCCGAGAGGGGGGCGGCCGGACUACGGUCAUCGUCGAGAACACCUACAAAACGGAGCCUGAUGUCAAAUUUCCCGUGCGGAAGGUUCAGGGGAUUAUCAAAGACGUGUUAGAAUCGCGGCUUGGAGAAGAGAGGUACAGACCUGAAGACAGUAACGGACUAGCCAUGGAACUGGCCGAGACGAUUAAGACCCGAGUGAAGGCCCUGCAGGUGCCGCGGUACAAGCUGGUGUGUUUCGUCCAUCUGGGCACGGGGAAGAAGUCCGAGGUUCAACUCUCGAGCCAGUGUAUCUGGAACCCAGACACGGACAUUUACGCAGACUUUACCUUCACAAAUCACCACAUGUUUGCGGUUGGGAUCGUCUGGGGGAUAUACUACGAAUGAGGCUGAGGCCUUUAAUAUAGGAAAAAAAUAACCCGGUUUCCCGAAAGACCCUGGCAACACCCGCUGAUUAUAGCCUUUUUAUCGACCACUAAGGCUAUGAAAUUUUCGAUCUGCCACCAAAGUUUCAAACCCUCUAAAUUUUUAAAACCUCAUGAUCAUUUAACGCAUAUUCAGCAUAUUUCUUUCUUCAGUAAAUCGGGUGAAAUAUUUGACCAUAAGAAAACAGGUGGACGGGUCCGUGAGAGUUAAGAAAAGAAAAAAAGCUAAAAAAAAAAUCCCUAACUAACGACCCUAGUUUUUUUCCUGGACUCGAAAACCAGACACAAAACAUUGAUUUUCCUAGGCUUUACACUAUGUGAAACUAGAGGUGUGUGUUUUCUUUCCGGUAAAUAACUUGCCCAUAGACGUACAUAUCCAAUACGUCCGGUUUAAUUGUGCAUGAAUAUUCAAAACUUUCUAUUCUGCGCUAAAGAAAAGGUACGGACAAGAAAAAUACCUUACGUGCUAUAGAUAAAUUAAACUAUAUAAUAGAAGGAGAUACACCCUUAUAACUACUGUGCACAAAUCAAAGAAUGUUUAGACCCGGCAGGAUUACAUGUGAUACGUCAAAGUCAACAUGUUGAUUUAUUCAUAGACUUGUAUGUAUUUUAAUUCUUUUGUAUUCGCGUCUUUGUAUAUGUAUGUUUAGUUAUAGACCUUACCCAAGUCGCUGUACUGUUGUGUCAAUAAAGUAUUGUUAUGAUUCAGUAUGUGGAACUAGCUAUAGAGAUGUAAUUAGUGAGGUGUUGACUUCGAAUUA